AUGUACAAAGGAGCAGGCUCUCCACAAUAUGGGGCAUAUAGAAGGGUGAAUGAUAUAUCAGGGAGGCGAGAUCGAGGUUACGGAGAGUGGUGGAACAGUGAUCCCGUCGAAGUCGAAGAUGAAGCAAAACUGAGUGGAGGUUUACCGAAUGUUUCACACGCUUUCACUGUAAAUGGACAGCCAGGAGACCUCUAUAACUGCUCAAGCUCAGGAACAACAAAUUUCUCUGUGGAACAGGGAAAAACGUACCUUCUUCGUCUCGUCAAUGCUACAGUUAAUAAUCACCUCUUCUUCAAGAUAGCAUCACACAAUCUCACAGUGGUAGCCGUGGAUGCCUCUUACACAAAACCAUACACAACAGACAUACUGAUAUUAUCAUCUGGUCAGACUACAGACAUUCUUCUCACGGUCAAUCAAGCACAGGCCAAAUACUCUAUGGCCGCCAAAGUAUACACUACGAUGCCUGAAACAAAUUUUAACACCACAACAACCGCCAUUUUAAGCUACGUGGGCUCUAAUUCAUCUGCCACUCCAAUCUUUCCAGAGCUUCCACUAUACAACGACACUGCAACUGUUGCCACAUUUACCCGAGCCUUACGAAGCUUGGCUUCGAAGGACCAUCCGGUGGAUGUUCCCAAAAGCAUAAGUGACAGUAGCAUCAUAGCCGUAGGACUCGCUGCCCUUGUGAAACGGGCGGUAAUUGUAGUGGGCCUAACAAUACCAGAUUCGCUGCCAGUAUGA